UGUCCUUGCAGAACACCAUGGCUACUCUCAAAGAAAAGCUGAUGACCUCCAUUGCUCCGGGCCCUGCGGUCCCCAGCAACAAGAUAACCAUAGUGGGCGUUGGACCGGUUGGGAUGGCCUGUGCCGUCAGCAUCCUUGGAAAGGGUAUUUGUGAUGAACUUGCUCUAGUUGAUGUUUUGGAAGACAAACUAAAAGGAGAAAUGAUGGAUCUACAGCACGGGAGCUUGUUCCUUCAAACUCACAAGAUUGUGGCAGACAAAGACUAUGCUGUUACAGCCAACUCCAAGAUUGUUAUAGUAACUGCAGCAGUACGCCAGCAAGAGGGGGAGAGUCGUCUCAGCCUGGUUCAAAGGAAUGUGAAUGUCUACAAAUUUGUCAUCCCUCAGAUCAUCAAACAUAGCCCCAACUGCACCAUCUUGGUGGUUUCCAACCCAGUGGAUGUAUUAGCCUAUGUCGCAUGGAAGCUGAGUGGCCUGCCAAAACACCGUGUGAUUGGAAGUGGCUGCAAUCUUGACACAGCUAGAUUUCGCUAUCUGAUCGGUGAAAGACUUGGUAUUCACCCAGCCAACUGCCAUGGCUGGAUCUUGGGAGAACUCGGUGAUUCUAGUGUGCCUGUUUGGAGUGGAGUUAAUGUGGCAGGCAUUCCUUUCCAGGAGCUGAAUCCUGCUGCAGGAACUGAAAAGGAUGGUGAGAACUGGAAGGAUCUCCACAAGCAAGUGGUUGAAAGUGCCCAUGAGGUAAACAGACUUAAGGGAUACGUAAGCUGGGCUAUUGGCCUUAGCGUUGCUGACAUCUGUGAGACCAUGCUGAAGAACUUGUGCCGGAUUCAUUCAGUCUCAGUACUGGUAAAGGGCAUGUAUGGCAUUGAGAAUGAUGUCUUCAUGAGCCUUCCUUCUGUCCUAAGUGCCUCUGGAUUGACAAGUGUCAUCAACCAAAAGCUGAAGGAUGAUGAGGUGGCUCAGCUGAAGAAGAGCGCAGAGUCAUUAUGGAACAUCCAGAAAGAAAUCAAAGAUCUCUAACUCAUGAAUGUUAGAUUCCAGCAACAGAAAAACAGUGUGUUGUGUGCAAAUGUGGGCUCUACUCACCAUACAUCUCUAUGGUUAACAUUUAAUGCUCUUUCAGACUGAGCUUUGUCCACAGUAGCUAAAUUUAUGCUUGCUGUAACGCACAGACCUUAUGAACAAAUAAAGCAACUUUCAGGCAUG